AUGAGGCGCGGGCAGCUCGCGCGCUACGCGCUGCUCGCCCUGCGCGCCGCGGCGGACUGCAACUUCGCCACCGUCGUCCACGUGCACCGCUGGACGGCGACCUUGAGCGCCCGCCUCCUCGACGCGCGCGACUCGCUGCGGCGCCGCGGCUGCCGCCUCAUCGUCGUCACGUCCGGCUUCGCUCUGAGCCUCGACGGCGUGACCUGCGUCGACGGCACGGAGACGCGGGCCGCGGCCCGGGCCUUCCCGUCGCUGUCGGGGUCGCUGCACCGCAAGGCCUUCGCGGGCUGGAAGGGCGACCGCGGCCUCGUGCUCGCGUACGCGGCGGAGCGCGCCGUGGCGGGCGCCUGGGCGGCGACGACCCUCGAGCCCUACUUCUGGAAUUUGGAGGCCGACGUCGCCUGGAAGGGCGACCUCUACGAGGCGCUGGCGGACUGGAACGACCGGGCCGAGGACCUGCUCUGCAUCGACCUCACGCGGUCGACGUACGACUGGGCGCACCUCCGGUCCCACGACCCGGGCGACUGGCUCCGCGACGAGGACAAGCACAACUGCCUCAUGACCGCCGCGCGCGCGUCGACGCGGCUCCUGGAGCGCGUCGCGGCCGUCGCCGCGGUCCCGGGCCGCCGCGCGUACCUCGAGCUGCGCUUCGCGAGCGAGUGCGCGCGCCACCGGCGCCUGCACGGCAACUGCACCAUGCGCGAGCUCUGGGACGCGCCGGACCGCGCCGCGCGGCGGCGCGGCGCGCUCUUCACGUGGACGGGCAGCCGGCGGCACCGCCGCGUGUCGCCGCCGGCGCGCUUCGCCGAGCUCUGGGCGGCCGCGCCCAACGGCACGCUCUGGCACCCCGUCAAGGACGCCGGGGCCUGGAGCCUCGACGCGCCGCACGCGGCGAGCGAGGAGUGCGAGAUCCCCUGGUUCGUCCAGUGCGACGGCCACUACAUCGCGCGGGAGGGCUCGAAGUCGCCGCACGGCUGGCUCCGCCUCGAGGGCCACGGCUCCGUGUCCGCUCGGCCGUCCGAGCAGCGGGACGAGACGACGUUCGGGACCUGGAGGGUGCGGGACGAGCGGACCGUGGAGCUCGUCAUCGCGGGCGUCACGUACGUCAUGACGGCCGUCGACGACGUGCACAACACGGUCCACAUCGCCGCGCCCGGCGACGCCGCGCCGGACACGUUCGCCUUCAUCGACGAGGAGGGCAUGUGCUCCGUCCUGGCACUGCUGGUGCUCCACUGCGGCCUCCAGGGCGCCGUCGCUUUCCGCGCGCCGCUCGCCCGGCGACCGCUCACGGCGAGACACGCCACGGGCGAGGAGGACCUCGCGCGCCUGCGCGAGGAGAUCGCCGAGCUCGAAAAGGAUCUCCAGAUAAAAAAGCCGCCGCCGCCGCCCGUCGACGCGCCGAAGCCGGAGCGGCGGCGCCCGGCCGGCGGCGCGGCCAUCGUCGACGGCCGCGUCCGCGUCGACAGCGUCGUCGCGAAGCUCGACGCGGCGCUGCUGCCCGCCGGCGUCGACGCGGACGCCGAGAAGUCCAAGUUCGCGGAGUUCUGCCUCUUCGACGCCAUGACGGGCGAGGGCCUCAAGCACGUCGAGCUCGGCGGCCUCCGCGCCGUGACCGUCGACGGCUCCGAGGAGCUCAUCCUCCUGCUCAGCGGCCUCGAGGACGUGAGCCCCGGCGACGACGUUUCGGUCAGUGAGCUCAAGGCCGAGACGGACAAGUUCGUGGCGACGCUGUCCAAGUACGCCGGCGAGGGGGACGCGGACGCCGUCUGGGAGAAGGUCGGGGCGGCCUACGAGGACGACGGCUCCGACGGCGGCGGCGGCGGCGACGACGCCGCCGACGGCGACGGCGACGAGGUCUUCGGCAUCGACCUGAGCGACGCGGCGACGCUGACGCCCCAGGUGCUGAGCUACCGCGUCGGCGAGCGCUUCGCCGAGUCCGCCGCGGACCACUGGCGCGACUGGUGCGCGGUCGCGACCGCGCGCGAGGCGCGGCGCGCGCCGUCGGGCGAGCUCCUCACGACGGGCGAGGCCGCGCUCUACGGCGCGGCGCUCGAGAAGCUGCGGGGCCGCAUCGACUUCGACGCCGUGUCGUCGGCGGCCUUCGCCGCCGAGGUCGCCGCGAACGCGACGUCCAACGACGAGACGUUCGCGCAGUCCGUCGGCCUCUUCGAGUUCGCCUUCCGCGCCGCGCUCAAGCGCGCGGCCGCGGUGCCGCCGGGCGACCGCACGGCCGCGGACCUCGAGGCCGUGUGGACGGCGCUCAACGUCGCGACGCUGCGCACGGCGCAGCGGGCCGAGCUCGUCCGCGACGUCGCGGGCUACUUCUUCAACGCCGUGACGGCGUCGCCCGCGUCCGAGCUCGUGCUCGACAAGCUCAAGAACUUCAACCUCGUGCCCGACGACGAGACGGACCCGGAGAAGCUCCGCGACGCCUUCGUCGACCGCGCGGCGACGGCCUUCGCGGGCGCCGUCGCCGUCUUCAACGUCCUCGCGGGGCUCCUGAGCUUCGCGCUGCUCUACGGCGUCUUCUCCCUCGUCAUCGAGCCGCUCUUCGGCUUCCUCGGCGACGCCGCGAGCGGCGCGCUCGACCCGGCCGCGCCGCGCGACACGAUCACGGACUUCUUCGCCCAGAGGCCCUAA